GAUGAGCAGCCAAGAAGAGAAUAGAAAUUAAAGAUUUAUUUUUAGAAUAGAUAAUACACAGAACAAAAGAAGAGCUUAAAAUGACAAUUAACUAAUUAAAAAUACAUAUAUAUCUCUCUACAGGAAGCUAGGGAAAUAAGGGCAGUAAAAGCUGAGGGUCUGAGUACCUACUAUGAACAGAGAUACUUAAAACCUAUAUACAAAAAUAUCAUGGAAGAAUUCAACUGACAACUGUUGCUCUUUUCUCAUCUGUUCAAAUACUUAACACCUAGGCUAUUUGCACUUCAUCCCCUUAGCCUACAUUUGAUCUUCUACAUAUAAUUUAUAUUCUAAGAUUGCGACCCCUUUUGUUAUAUUCUAGAUGCUUUGCAG